GCAUAAUUCAAGCUAGCUCUACUGUCUGGACGCUGCUCGGUCCUCCCAUCUAAAAUCUCCGUCCACUCAUUGGCUAAAAUAUAAACAAAGUUUGUCGCUUUAGGGGAAAAAAAAAUACUGGAAAUAAGUUGUGACUAAUUGUAGGUUGCUAAUGUUUCAAAAUACAAAACGUAUCCAGGAGGGAAAAAAGCUUUUAAAACCAUUUUUAAACAAGAAACUUCAGCCUGAGCAGCCAGAAGCUACUUUCCUCGAGCAGAUACGUUUUGGUAACAUUAGCGGACUUAGCUGGAUGUGGCCGAUAAGAUGCUAACAUUCAUAAAGUUACUUCUUCCACACUUUGAUGAGAAAUGGCUGAGCAGGAACUGAUAGCUGGAUGCGGCACUGAUGUGUUGGUCAGUUUCGCCGAGUCGCUGCACAUUUACACAGGGCUGCUGACAGUGGCUGCAGUCUGUGGAGGGCUCUCAGGGAUUUUAGCUGCUGCUCUUCUCUAUGUCUUCUGCCUGAAGCCUUUGCUGUUGACGAGACAAGGCUACAAUGCCAGGCGGCUGCUUGAACCUGAUGAUGGAGAAUUAGACAACAACCAAAGUGACUGUGUCAGCAACAGCAGGAAGGAGGCUCCAAGUGCCACCACUAAUGAUAAAGAGAAGAAGCAGCCACCCAUGAACAGUGAUGUCGCUGCAUUUGCAUCCAGAGCAAAGGUGGUUUAUCCCAUCAACCAAAAAUACAGACCUUUAGCAGACGGAGCGUCCAAUCCAUCACUACACGAGCACUCCAAGUUGCCAGCAAUGCCUAACGAGGAGUCAUCCUCAUCCACGGAUGGAGAGUCUCUAAGCCAAGAGCAGGACAACGAUGACAGCAGUCAGUUCAUUUCCUCCUCGCUGGUCCCUAAGAGCCUGCAGAACCAGAGCUUCACCAGAGUUUCUCACUACCCUCACACGCUGACACAACCAGGUUUUGAAGGUAGGAUCAGCCUUUACUGUCUGGCCUUGCAGAAUAUACAACAACAUUGCUCUCAGCUUCAGGAAGAAAAAUAUCUGAUUUUUCUUCAAAUGAUGAAAAUAAUAUUCAGCAGUCAUUUUCCAAAAGACAAAAAUGAUGCUGCCUUCUCCAAGAAUAUUCUUCAAAUGCAAGAAAAGGAACUGAAUGAAUUGAAGGAACAGUUGCCAAUAGGUCACGCUGCCAGCGAGAAAAAUGAUGAUGCUCCCUGUACUCUGGAGGAAAUAGAGAGAGCUCAGAAAGAUCUUCUUGAAUAUGGCCUACAAGUGUCCAAACGUUUCAGCAAACAGGUGGAGGACUUGUGCCAGUAUUUGUUGAAGAAGACCAGUGUUUUCUCACCAGAUGAAGCCCAGCAUGUGAUUCUCUCUCUCAACCAGACUCUUGUGUUAGUAGAGAACCACCUGAUGAACACACAAGAAGCUGAUCUAAAGAGGAUCCAGCAGAAGUUGCUAUGGUGGGAGGAGCUGACGGGACUUCUUCAGUCCCAACCUGCCUUGCUAAAGCGCGAAGUGUCUCUAAGGCAGGGCGUGAUUGCAACAACGCUGGAGCAGCUGACGAGCGACGACGUCUUGACCUUUAAUCACAUGGAAAAGUUGCUUUCAGAUGUUCAGGCAACUCUGACGGAAGGCCUUCAACAGUGCACUGAGGAGUGCGCGAGGAAGACAAAGGAGCUGGUGAACGACAAGUGCAGCAGAAUGGAGUCCAAGAGGAAAAAGCUUUUGAGGAACCAGACCAAGGAGAAGAGCCGUACCCUGGAACUAAGACAGGCUCACGGUGACGUACAACAGUUCACCAAGCUGUACCAGGAGCUGCUGAUGAAGCACAGGCAGCAGAUUUCUGACUUGGAGCUGCAACAGGACAACAGGGUGGCUGAAUCUCUCUGUGACCACUGGAAGAAACUCCGUACCUCCUGGUCAAAGAGGCUUGGAGAGUUAGCCAAGGACGUCUUUCUCACCUCCAUACCUGCCCAGUCAAAUCUCUCUCCUCAGCGCUGUGAGGAGCUGUGGUUGGAUCUGGAGCAGGAGCUGGUUGCACAGCUGCAGCAGGCGGAGUCCACUACCAAGAUGCAACUGGAGGACAUGAGGGUUCAGCUGGAUAAAGACGGACAGGUAUGGAGUGAGGAGAUGGCUCUGGUGCAGGCCUGUCUGAAACAUCUCAGUGAACAACAGAUGAAGAUCCUCCAAGCAAUGGUGGCCAGACAGAGCUACACACUCAACAGCCAAGUGGGGAGGUUGAUAGAGAAGAAACAUGAGCACCUGUUGGCAGCGGUGCAGAGGUACUUUGUGGUCAGGCACUUCUGUCUGCAUAUGCUGAAGGAGAUGAGGCUGUCCAAACUGAAGGCACUCUCUCAGACUGAUUUUAGAGCUGUGCUAAUGGAAGAUCCCAGUAAAAGCCAGUCCUGCGUCAAUUCAACUCUCAAGAAUAGCACUGCCAGCCUAGCAGAGAGGCAUCUGGGCCCAGAGAGUCAGCUGGUGGGCCACAGCUUCCAGCAGGAGUUCCUGUCUGAACUGGAAACAGGGACAGAGCUUCUUCAGAGCCAUGCACAGCUGGUGCUAGGCAACGCCCUCAGCCACGCGAUCCAACAGAUGAUGGAGACCACUGAGUCACAGACCACUCCAAAACAGGAUGACGGCUUGAAGCACCACCUGUUAGAGGCCGCCUCGGAGAGUGUGUACAUGACCAAAGAUUCUCUCAGUGCACUGGUCCAAAGCUACUAUUCCCACAUGCAGAAUAUUAUCCAGAAAUUACAACAGGAUCAGUCAAACAUAAACCAGGAGGAAAAUGAGAAACAGGAGAGCAGUAGUCAGUUGAACAGAUCCUUGCUGAGGGAGCUGGUGAACUGGAGCAAGAAACCCACCUCUGCUGAGUUUCAACAGAGGGUUGAACUCCACAAAAGAAAGGUGUUGGAGCAGUGUGAUCAAGAACAGGAAAUGAUAUACGAGGAAUUAAGGCGGAAGAAAGUAGCUCAAGAUCAAACCAUGGACAGGAUCAAAGCACAGCUGAUGGAGGCAGAAGAAAGCUUCAUAACUGAGCUGGCAGCCAUGGCCCGGGUUUCUCUCAGCAAUCCAGAUCCAGAACCAAGCGACGACGAGGACAACACCGGUAAUGAGAGUGGCAAUAUAUUGGACCUGUUGUCCCUGAACCCAGCGUUAGAUCCGGCUUUGAAUCCUUCACUGACUCCAACGAUUGUAACUCCAGUGGUGAAAUCAAAACCAAAGAAGAAAAGAGAACGAGAGUCUCAUGUCAUCUGAAAUCACAUUAUCACAGUAAUGUUUACACAUACAUACAGUAAUGUCCUGUAAAAAGUUUACUCUUAUUUUUAUAGUGGUGCCUGUUUGUUGGUACCAAUUUUGUUGUUUUGUUUUCCUAUUUUGUUUGCAUUAAGCAAGAGGGAUCUGUCCUCAGUUGUAAAUGUUUUUUUAAUUAGGUUACUGGAAUGUUGCAAUGACAAAAACAGUACAUUUUUCUACAUUGAGUUUUUAUUUUUGUAAAUGCCAUGUACCAUCAAAUAAUGCAACUCUGAAAAAAAUAACAAAUAAGAUAAUCUUCUGAAGGCA